ACAUCUCGUGAAAUCAAGAGACUACGGACGAAACAGCAACAUCUUGCUGAAUAAUGGGUUGAUGUAAAUUUAGAUACUUUUGCACACCCAAAUAUCGAUCCAUUACGACACGCUAAUGUAAAAUAAUGUAAGCACUUUGCCGCUAAUGCGUGAUGCUUCACGAUAAGUUGGAAUAAUUUUGAUCACGCCAUCGAUUAAUGUAUCGCUCCGACAUAAUUGACUCAUUGAAAAUACAUCCGUGCAGGAAAAGCACGAGCAAAACGUGCGAUACGACUUUAUUGUAUCAGCUCGGUCGCUUGUCACGAAUACGCGAUAUCUAUGCUCAAUGAUAAGCCGGUAGAUUUUAAUAACGAUAAUUAGUUUGUUACGCGAAGGAGUUUGUCUCCGGCCACAUCCAGGAUGUUUUUUCUGGUUUUGAUGGUACGUACCUCGCUAAUAAUUAAGAACGCUCGACAAUUAUCAAUCGUGCACUCGACACGAGGUCAAAUUGGCCGAUCGCGAUGAAAAAAUUAUCAGUUUUGCGCGUUAUCGAAUAAACGAUCGGAUUAAAUGUCUUAAGCAGCCAUUAUCAGCGCAAUUAAUACAGCGAAUCAGAAGGAAAAAAAAAGUAAUCGUUUCGUCUUAGACAAGGUGAAUCCAAAACUCCGAAAGUAUGUCUAUUAUACGAAAUGUUCAGGACGCGGACUGUUCCGGUCGCGCGCUAGCCACCCUGCUGGUCGCAUGGGUGCUGACAGCAAUGAUAGCAUCGAUAUUGCUACGAUGGGAUUACAUGUGGAUUGUUUUGAUGGUAUUGACGAUGCUCGUUCUGUUGGUCUGCGGAUAUACCGCUUAUAACGUGAAGAAAGCUCACGCGAGGCUUUUACUCGAGGAGCAGAGGAGAGCAGCAAUUCGCACUAUUUCGGGCAUGACAGCUGCUACUCGCAGAGAGCAAGAAUCAUCGGUGUACGCGGCUCACCUGAGUGUGGAUUUACCGCCGUCCUACGCGUCCGUGGUAGCCGUGCAGACACCAACCUCUGCUCCAACGAUAUUGACCAUUGAUCGAUCCGGGGACGACAAGUAUGAGGAUCCACCAUCGUACGCGAUCGUAGUUGCUUCUUUAGAUACGCAGGAUCGAUGCGCGGAAACCUCCGGCCUGUCGAAUGUGCAGCCUUUCGCUCCUGCAGAAAAGAAUAGUACCGCUCCUGCCACCAUUUCCGCAUCCAAUUCUUACGUGUGUUCGCACAGCAGACAAACUGCAACGAUCACGCAUUAAAUCAGUGUUUAAAAAUGAUGAAAUUAUUGUCCUGAAAAAUAGCGAGUCACAAUCUACAUAUAACAAUGUUCUACGGAGUUUAUUAUUCUUAUUACUACAUUAUAAAUGUUACGCAAAAUGUAUUAUAAAUGUAAUGUACCUCUGAAUUAUAAAAAUAGC